AUGGUGGAGCUCUCCGCGGGCGCCAGCAUUGCGGUCGGAGUAAUCGUCGGCCUCGCAUCCACCUGCAUCCAAAGCAUCGGCUUGACCCUGCAGCGCAAAUCACAUCUGCUUGAGGAAGAGAAGGAGGACGACUAUGAGCGGCGACCGCCCUAUAAACGCCGGAGGUGGCAGCUGGGCAUGCUGAUGUUCGUGGUGGCGAACAUAGUGGGGAGCACCAUCCAGAUCACCACCCUACCGCUCCCUGUACUGUCGACUUUGCAAGCUUCCGGCCUCGUCUUUAACUCGAUAUGCGCUUCGGUCGUCUUGAGCGAGCCAUUUACGAGGCAUUCCCUAGCCGGUACUCUACUCGUUGCAGGAGGAGCCCUUCUUAUCGGUAUAUUUGGAGCCAUCAGCGAACCCUCCCAUAACCUGGACCAGCUCCUACGGCUACUGGGCCGCACGCAAUUUCUACUAUGGAUGUUUGGGACCCUUGUAAUAGUGCUAGCCCUGAUUAUCGCCAACUGGUUCCUGAAGCGCAUAUAUCCCCGACCUACACCACGCUUGAGGCUGGUCCGAGGCAUCUUCUUUGGCUGUGUCAGUGGGAUUCUCUCCGCCCAUUCUCUCCUGAUUGCAAAGAGUGCGGUUGAGCUCCUGGUUCGAACUAUCAUCGAUCGCCAUAACCAAUUCAACCGUUGGGAAUCUUGGAUGAUCCUCAUUGGCCUCGUUACUUUCGCCUUGACCCAACUAUACUAUAUGCACCGCGGAUUAAAGCUUUGCAGCACAAGCGUUCUUUAUCCUCUCAUAUUCUGCGUCUACAAUGUCAUCGCCAUAAUAGACGGGUUGAUCUACUUCCACCAAUCGGCCAGGUUAUCGAAUCUACACGCAGGCCUACUCUCCCUUGGAACAGCCAUACUCUUGGCCGGAGUAGUAUGUUUGAGUUGGCGCUUGGAGGAGAGCGACGAAGAACCCUCGUCACCGGUUGUAGGACGACAUAAAGGCCACGUCCCCAUACCACAAGCAGCUCUCACGCCUGGUAUCGGUCUCGUCCACGGUAUUCUUGAGGAUGAGCCCACGUCCCCAGUCGAUCUAGAAGAGCAGCAGCCCGGGCUCCACGGUGCUGUGGCCGAGCAACGAAAACGACAGAGCAUCAACGAACGAACGCCACUGCUCGCUCGAGCACCAACCGGCCCCGCAGUUGCAGUCGCCCACUACGCAGACAAGAGGCCGUCAUUAAGCACCAAGCAAUCGCACAGCCCAAGCGCAAGCCCUUCAGCUCGCAUACCACCAAGGAGACGGAGAAUGACCAUCUCGGAGGAAACGAACGAGAUCUGGAACGAGCUCAACGAUAGAGACACAGUCCCCUCUCCAAUCAGACGCUCGGUAGACCUGGGACGAAGACCGCGCUCUGGCACCCUACCAGCGCGCCGCAAGAACAACUCAGGGACGUGGCUGAACCAGAUGCGGAGGCGAUCGUGGUUCGAUGGUGCCGGGCUGGGCAUCUCCCGCGAUCGCAGCGUGUCGCGAGGGAAGAGACCUGUUGUCAGCGACGCGUCAUUAUUGGACCAUCCGGAUCCGGAGGACGAGGCGCACUCUGAUACUGAUGCGCCGCCAAGUCCUGAUGCGAGGGCACGUGGUACUUGGCGGUUUGGGGAGAGAAGGCAGCAAGAGGGGCUAGGAGAUUGGUUUAAGCUUAAAUGGUGGCGGAAGAAGUGGAGGGAUGGGGAAGAGGAGAACGAGCAUGAGAGAGUAUGA